AUUGUUUAUUUUUUACAAUGUGACCACAUUUCUUACGCUUAGAAAAUGCAUUAAAUAAUCUGCUAAAAGCAAGCCAAACAUCUGCAAUGGACGUGUUAGGCGGCACUUCAGGUGCUGAUGCAUCCUUCUGCCGGUUGUGCUUGUCCAAGGAAGGCGCUUUUAGGAAAAUAGAAAGCAUUGCCGACGAGGUGAUUUCCAAUAGAAUAAUUCCGUAUUUAAUGGAAAAACAUCUGCACAUAAAGAUCUUGGAGGUUAGUUACGCGAUUUGUGAGGAUUGUUGCUGCAUACUUUUCAGCUUUGAAGACUUCUACGCAAAAGUGCGUUUGCACAUUGAGAAAUUCUACGGCGUAACAGAACAGAUUGAACACAAUAUCAAGUCGGAAGCGACAGAAGGAAUAGUCUUCAAUAAUCCCUUUGACUCCUUCACUGCAUUUCCGAAGAGUCUCGAAAAAGUGGAGGAAAAUGCCGAGGAAACUCUCAUGGUGAUAAAAGAAGAGACCAGAGUCAAAACUCCUCCGCAGGAAUCAGUGGCAGAGCCUCAAGCGCCUCAAAAGAGAGUCACAAGAUCAGCUGCAUUGAAGAGAAACGCCACAAAGACGGAUGUAUUGAAACCGCAGUCAAAGGAGAAGCGAGAGAAGCCUAAAGGGACGAAGAGAAGAAAACCUGCUCAAGAAAAGACACCAAAAGUGAAAGAAGAACCUGAAUUUUCCAUCCAAGAAAUUCCUGAAAUCAAUGCUUCUGUGGAAGAGACAAAACAGCGAUUUCCCGACUCGCUUGCAGAAUUUGAUUUCAGAGAGGAUGACAGCGACUCAGACGCAGCCUCGGACCUGUCCGACUGGGAUGAGUGGCCAGGAGGAGUGAACUUGGAUGACUUCCCCAAGCAAAUCAUCGAGAAUGGACUGCUGAAAGUCAAAGGCAGAGACUUGAUGAUGCUCAUCUGCAAAUUCUACAGUCUCGAGUGCUAUUUGUGCGACAAGGACAAGGUGAGAUUCAAGGAUCUGCGGGAUCUCUUCCAUCACCACACGAAGGUGCACAAUGAGAAGGGACAUGUGAUGUGUUGCUCAACCAAAUUCAAUCGAUAUCCAGCAAUAAUAAUGCACAUGGUGCGACAUAUUCAGCCGGACGCGUUCCGGUGUGACAUCUGUGGCUACAUGGUGACCAGACCGCGCUUCCUGGAGAUCCACAAGAAGACACAUCUGCCCGAGGAGGAGAAGCCAUACGCGUGCGACAAGUGUCCACGGAGAUUUUGCUGGAAGAACGCCUUCCAAGUGCACAAACUCUCUCACCAGCCGCGAGACGUGCGGAAGCACUUCAUUUGCCACAUCUGCGGGAAGGUCUAUGACACACCCGGCGGCCUCUGCACGCACCGGAAGCUCGCGCACACAGACUACAAGAGCGAAGCACACGUGUGUCAUGUGUGCGCGAAGAAAUUCGCCACAAGGACGGGCCUCAAUGAGCACAUGGCCACAAUUCAUCAGCCCAGGGAGAAAGAUCAGGUGCAGUGCCAGAAGUGCGGCAAGUGGCUGAUGAACAAUCGCUGCUUGAAGUCCCACAUGAUCCUGCACAGCUCCAACGUCUUCAGCUGCAAAGUGUGCGACUACACGACAAAAAAGGAGUCUCUCCUGCGACGCCAUCAGCUCACCAGACACUCGGAUGCGAAGCCCUUCGUGUGUUCGAUCUGCAAUCGGGCAUUUAAGCUUAAGAGAGCUCUCACGGUGCAUGUGGCUCAGCAUGAGAACAGCAAGCAGUACAAGUGUACCUUUUGCGAGCGCAUCUUCAACAGCUCCACCAAUUUCUACACCCACCGCAAGACUGUUCAUCCCGAGGAGUUGAAUGCCCUCAAGAAGGCGAAACUCGAUGAGCAGAGACGCAAGCGUAUUGAAGCAGGAGUUGAAGCUCCUUCGCAAAUGCCAGAGAAUCCACGGUUGAAUUUGGGAGAAAGCUCAGACAUUAAUUCAGCAAAUUACGCAAAUAUUAACCAACAAGUUCAAGCUUAUCAGUUCAUAGACCAGCACGGAGGAGUGACAACAAUAAUUGCCGAAGGUAUUUAGGAACGAAUUCAGUCUCAGUAUUAAAUCUCACUUCCUAUGUUAAAUCUUUGCUGUUUCAUGACGGAAUAAACAGAGUGCAUUAGAAAAUGAUUGAAUGGUUUUCGUGA